AUAACCAGGAAUAUAGUGAUUCAUAAUGAAAUAUACGAAGUUGGAUUUUGUGACGUCAGUUCUUGGCAUUAUAAUCUAUAUCAUCGAUUUAAUUGUGGACAUCUGGGUGUCUAUCAGGUUUUUCCAUGAAGGACAGUAUGUUCCUGGUGUUUUAACUGUAAGCUUUGUGCUCUUUGGAACACUCGUGGUCCAGUGUUUUAGUUAUUCUUGGUUCAAGGCUGAUUUAAAGAAAGCAGGCCAAGAAAUUCAGCAUUGUUUUCUUCUACUUCAUUGCUUGCAAGGAGGAGUUUUUACAAGGUAUUGGUUUGCCUUGAAAAGGGGUUAUUAUGUGGCUUUCAAGUACAGCAGCAAAACGGAUAACUUCGUGGAAGAACAAAUUGAUCCUCAUAAAGAAGUUAUAGAUAGGGUGACUGAUUUGAGCAUGCUCAGGCUGUUUGACACCUACCUGGAAGGCUGCCCACAACUUGCUCUCCAGCUCUACACCCUUCUGGAAAAUGGUCAAGCAAAUUACACUCAGUAUGCAGCCAUCAUGGUCUCUUGCUGUGCUAUUUCUUGCUCGACUGUUGAUUAUCAAAUAGCUUUAAGAAAAUCCUUGCCUGAUAAAAAUCCCCUUAAAGGACCCUGGCCCAAACUCAUAUAUCUCUUUUAUAAGUUAUUUACAUUAUCAUCCUGGAUGUUGAGUAUUGUACUUCUUUUAUUCCUAAAUGUUAAGGUAGCUUUAUUUCUGUUGUUACUUCUUUGGUUUUUAGGUAUAUUGUGGGCAUUUAAAGAGCAAACUGAUUUUUGUGCUUCCAGGAGUAUGGAAUUCAUAUACAGGAUUGUUGUUGGAUUUAUUCUUACCUUCACGUUUUUUAAUAUUAAGGGACAGAAUACCAAAUGUCCAAUGUCUUGUUAUUAUACUGUAAGGGUAUUGACCACAUUGGGGAUAGUGAUUGUGUUCUGGUUUUGCCCACUCUCUAUUUUUAAUUCACAUUAUUUUAUACCUAUCAGCAUCACUAUAGCUCUUACUCUUCUUCUUGGAAUUAUUUUUCUUAUUGUUUAUUAUGGGACUUUGCAUCCAAACAAAAGUAAAGAAACAACACUGGACGAAAUUGAUGGAAAACCAGUUCAAAGAGAUUGUAGAAUGAAGUAUUUCCUAAUGGAAUAA